ACUUCUUUCCAGAUUUUACCAGUCGAUUUGUGUGAAACUCUUCAAAGAGAUCCAAGAAGAGCUAAACUUCUAGAGGUUAUAUUGGACCUAGGUCGUUACCCCGAGGCCCGUUUUCUUGGUGAAUGUGGGGGUCAGUAUUUGCGCAAUACCGAGGUAUCAAAAAAGGAGUUGGAGGAAGCUCAGAAUGCUGUUGGUGAAUUUGGAGAGGAUAAUAGGGCAGGCAUUGAGGGUACCCUGCAUAGAAUAUCUGCUAUACGUAGUAGGAAGGGCAUAAUAGUUGGCUUGACUUGCAGAGUUGGCCGAGCAGUUACUGGUCACGUUCAAAUGGUACGCGAUCUUUUGCAUUAUGGAGAGAGCAUCUUGUUCCUAGGAAGGCCGGGAGUAGGAAAGACUACGGUCAUGCGAGAGAUUGCACGUGUCUUGGCUGAUGAAUUGCAAAAAAGAGUGGUGAUUGUAGACACUAGCAAUGAGAUAGGUGGGGAUGGGGAUGUACCCCAUGCAGCAAUAGGGGGAGCUCGAAGAAUGCAGGUCCCAAAACCCUCAAUGCAACAUAGAGUUAUGAUUGAAGCAGUGGAGAAUCACAUGCCUGAAGUGGUCAUUGUUGAUGAAAUUGGCACUGAAGCAGAGGCAAUUGCAUGUCGCUCAAUUGCAGAGAGAGGAGUGAUGCUUAUUGGUACGGCCCAUGGAGAAAGGCUAGAAAAUAUAAUCAAGAACCCAACUCUUUCUGAUUUGGUCGGGGGCCUAGAGAAUGUCACCUUGGGAGACGAUGAAGCCCGGGCUAGGGGUUCUCAAAAAAGCAUUCUUGAAAGGAAAGCCCCUCCGACUUUUCCGUUCUUGAUUGAAAUGAGGGAGAGGAACUAUUGGGUUGCACAUCGGACGGAAAGAAGUGUUGAUGCUUUACUCCAUGGCGAAAAGCCUCUUGUGGAGGUGAGAAAGAGGGAUGAGAACUUUAAGGUUGUUAUUGAAAGAUGGAAACCAUAUGAUGGUGAGGGUAUCUAACCCUCAUUGCAUUUAUUUGCAAUGAGCAGGCUUGUAAUAAGACUCUAUCACUGUUUCUCUCUGAGCAGUCAAAUGUGCUCUCUCCAGGUAUGUCCAUAUUAAAAUACGUUUGAAUUUACUGUGGAUAUACAUGUGCUUAUUGUGUUUCAAACUUCUUCUCGUUAGAAAUCUAUUUUCCCUUCAUAUAUGUGUUUAUAGUUUGAAAUUUAGGGAGCAUAGUUAGCCAUAGAAAAGGAUAGGUGCUUAGCCCAUGGAAGAAAAUGUCAAGACACAGUUUUAGAUUCUGGAAAACUCAAAGAGCAUUCGAGGGCUACUACUCUGAACCAUAAGCAAUAGAAACACUUGCACAUGCGCAUGCAUGUGCUGCACACGCAUACAUGUAUAUUUCUAAUGUAAGCACUGGGUGUUCAAGUUUUAAACAUGAGUGAGGAACACAAUCAACACAUAUUUUGUGUGUCCAAUUGGUACAUUUGGUUGUAACGAUACCUAAUGAAUCCAAUAUUUUAGGCACCCCACCAUGCUAUUUUAUUUACAUAUUAAUCAGUUAAAUCUGUGGAUUUCUUUUGGGUAGUUCAUGUAAAGAGCAUGAAUCCUUAAUAUGUGUGUUAAAACUCUGUUGAUUUUUUAAUGUGUUCUUGCGUUUUCGGACUGUUUAUCAGUGAAUGUGUACUUACGCUUUCAGACCUUUUUUUUUUUUUCCAAAUUUGAAUUUCCAUUUUAUUAGGUGGUACACUUGCAAAACGAUAAUUUCGGCUCACUAUAGAUGUGUUAAUUCAGUGAAGCAUGAAGGCAUACUUGUGAUGACCAAGAUGGUGUAGAGGUUACCUCCUGCUUUAUCUUGAAGUUCUACUAGUAACAUUGUGUCUAUUACAACCAGGAAUUAACAAGAAUGUGUUAUUUUAGAGUGCAUGAUUAAUGCUGGGUGUAGCAUAUUAUUCGAUUAUAUGACUUUCUCUAGAGUAAUAUAUUUCCAUUUGGAAUGGUUCAAA